CCUACCUAUUUAUUGCGUCUUUCUUUUACUAGAGAAUUUACACAUAAAUGCGGUCAUAAUAUUAUUAUCUGGGUUGAAACAAUAAAAGGAAGUAAAGAAAAUUAUGAGAAAGCUGAAUUUCUUAGCUCUAAUUACGAAUGCUAGGGUAUCUAUUAUUGAAAGACCGAGUAGGUAUUGAAGACGUCAUGUAAACUGCAUUUAGAUAAUGAAAUGAUAAAUCACAAUGAUUGGCACGACAAAUGUUUGAUUUUCGCGUAAAGUCGCGUCAUAGUCAUGGUAAAUAGAGUUAGAUAAAGGUUACGCAGUCGAGGGGCCGGGAGCGACAGUCGGCGCCUGCGCGCUGAAGGUGGAUUGUGAAACUCGAACAAUCUUCACUUGCCGUCCGCCGUUAUGAACAGCCGUCAGCUCCGUAGGCUCGCUGCCGUAAGCCGCCCUGUCCUUGAACAUUCUGCACCAUGUAUCUGCUAUCGCCGUUACAGCCAAGUGAGGCCCGUCUAUGUUAUAGAAAGACCUAAAUGGCGUAAUUCAGCACCCAACUUCUAUGCACUUCAAUCAAUUGACAUGAGAGUGCGAGAGGGAUCCCAUAAAAAUGCUGACGACGUGCUUUUUGAUAUGUUCAAAAACGACGACUCGGGACUACUACCUGUGGGGAAAUUUUUGGCCGCCUUAAGAACAACUGGUAUAAGAAAAAAUGAUCCUCGCGUAAAAGAAGUCAUGCAUAAUUUAUACAAGGUCCACAAAGAAUCCAAUUUUGAAAGCGGAUCCCCUGAAACUUUAAAAUUGGACAGGAAGACAUUUAAAGAAGUUAUUGCGCCAAACAUUGUGUUAAUUACAAGAGCAUUCCGCAGUCAAUUCGUGGUCCCUGAUUUUCAAGAUUUUAUCAAAGACAUUGAAGAGAUGUAUUGGACAGCCAAAAGCAUAACGGACGGUAAAGUGGCCAGUUACAUUCCACAACUAGCAAGGGCCAAUCCGGACAAUUGGGGUGUAAGUGUGUGUACCAUCGAUGGACAAAGAUUCUCUAUUGGCGAUGUCAACGUGCCAUUUACUCUUCAGUCUUGCAGCAAGCCUUUGACGUACGCGAUGGCGCUCGAGACUUUGGGUCCUGAAGUGGUACACAAUUACGUUGGCACAGAGCCCAGCGGCCGCAAUUUCAAUGAACUCGUCCUAGAUCAUAAUAUGAAGCCUCAUAAUCCUAUGAUAAACGCUGGAGCAAUUUUGGUAUGCUCAUUACUGAAAGAGUUGGAUAAACCAGAGAUGACUUUGGCUGAAAAGUUCGAUUAUGUUAUGUCCUUCUUCAGUCGUCUCGCUGGCAAUGAAUUGUUGGGUUUCAACAAUGCUGUAUUUUUGUCCGAGCGCGAGGCAGCUGAUCGCAACUACGCUCUGGGAUUUUACAUGCGCGAACAUAAAUGUUUUCCGGAGAAGACGAAUUUCCGCGAAUGUAUGGAUUUUUAUUUUCAGUGUUGUUCAAUGGAGGCGAAUUGCGAUAUAAUGUCAAUAAUGGCCGCGACACUGGCUAAUGGUGGCAUUUGCCCCAUAACUGACGAGAAAACCCUUCGGCCUGAUUCCGUGCGCAACGUGCUAUCCCUGAUGCACAGCUGUGGGAUGUACGACUACUCCGGCCAGUUCGCCUUCAAGGUCGGCCUUCCAGCCAAGUCCGGGGUAUCUGGAGCUAUGCUUAUAGUUGUGCCAAAUGUCAUGGGGAUAUGCACCUGGUCUCCACCCCUCGAUCCUCUUGGCAAUAGUUGCAGGGGCCUGCAGUUUUGUGAGGAAUUGAUCAAGCGGUUCAAUUUCCAUAAAUACGACAAUAUCCGUUAUGCAAGUCACAAAAAGGACCCGCGUCGUUACAAAUUUGAAUCUACGGGACUCAGCAUUGUGAACUUGCUGUUUUCAUCGGCGAGCGGCGAUCUUAGCGCGCUACGAAGGCACCAUUUAUCUGGCAUGGACAUGACUCUAUCGGACUACGACGGGCGCACGGCGUUGCAUCUCGCUGCAGCUGAAGGGCAUCUUGCUUGCGUGGACUUUUUACUAGCACAGUGCGGAGUGCCCCACGAUCCACAAGACCGCUGGGGCAGUCGGCCACUCAACGAAGCAGAGACAUUUAACCACGCUGCCGUUGUUCAAUAUCUGAAGGAAUGGGAGGAGACUCACCCACAAAACAAACCGCUCGAGAAAUCUCACACGGUUGAUGAAAUGCUCGAAGUGAAACCAGAUGCAGACGACGCAGUAAAAGAUCCCAGCAUUGAAGAAAUAGUGUCCAGAAAUGGUGACAAAAAACAAUAAAGAAAAAGACGACGGGAAUUAUAUUAACGAGUUUAAAAAAUUAUACCUACCUUUCUAAGUAAUCAUUAGAGGUACAUACCUAUUUAAACGCAAUACAGGUGGUGCAUACUUUGUGAUGUUCAGGAUACAGGGCUUGUCUUCAUAAUUACGAGUAUAAUAAGAGGCAGUACCUACUCAAAUAAAAUAGUAGGUACCUACUGCUCUUAUGGCUGUAUUACUUUUUGUUGUAAGCCAGAAUUCCAUAGGCAUAUGAAUUAAAUGUCCUAGUGUAAUUGCACCACUAGUAGCUAUACAAUACAUGACCACCACCACUUAUACCUAUGUAAUUCAGUAUAUUAGGUAAAGAGUUUAACUGGACUUUUAUCCCCUGAACUAUAAACACUAAACAGCCAAAAUUUUGGGUAGAAAAGUACUUAGGUAGGUAUACAAACUUAUUUCACAAACGGAAACUUUGCUAGUACAUAAAAUAAAGAAUCUCAUUGGAGUUAGGUUUUAUUAAAAUAUUCUUUCCCAGUUAUUAGCACAACUGUUUUUAUGAUUGUGUAGAGGCUGUGAUAUAAAUUAAUUUUAUAUAAGUUGCCUUAAAUAGAAUUUGGUUUAUAUAUUUUUUUUCGAUUUAAGUAAGUAUUAUUUUCUUAUUUUUAUUAUAUUGUACAACUUACAUGUUAAAUUCUAGUAAAUCCACUAUUUUAGACAAGAAUUUAUCAACACAACUUACUAAGUACUUACCUACAUAGUAGGUAAGUACUUAGCUGUAGCAAAGAACUAGAUACUUAACAUUAUUACGUCAGAAGUUAAAAGAAAGUUACACUUGUAUAUUUUUACUAUCACUAGAUUUUUGCAAUAAUAUUACAAUAUUUUCUCAAAUUAAGUAUAAUAUUUGUCGUUUUUACUAAAUAUAACAAACAUUCCAUACACAUUAUAGUUGUUACUGUUACUACAAUCUUAAUCAUAUUAUAUUUAAAAAUUUGUAUAAGCAACAGCUUAAAAUUGCCAAAGAGAAAAUGAAAUGUAUUAAAUUGCGAAGAUUUCUACAUGAAAUGUAUUAAAUGCUGAAAGCGCUCACUGCGCUGUCUCAAUGUGACAAUAAUAUAAAAUUAUUUACUUGUGUGGUAGAUUAGGUAAUUGUGUGAUAAAUAAUUAAUUGUUUCUAAUAAUGUGUAUUGUCAAUUAAAUUGUUGAAGUAA